CCUUCUGGCCCUUUAUAUCUCUCGUGCGCUGUUCUCGCCAUCCUCCACUUCCAGAGGAGCGCAGACCGCUGGUCCACCUGCGCAUCCCGCGGGCUCCCCAGUGCGCUGCCCUCUUUGCGCGUUGCCAGCUGCCGGCGAGCCUCCAGGGCUGGCUGACAGCAGAGACGUGCGCCUGGCCAGCCUCGCCAAGCCACCGGUUCGGGAGAAGACGGGGUCUGGCAGCACAAAGCGCUGAGUUUCUCACCUACUUGAGCUCAGAAAGUUCAAGAAAGGAAGUUUUCUGGAUGGAUGGCUUCUGGGAACCCAUCGUCAUAGCCAGCUCUUCUUCAAUGUGUAAGGAUUCACCCGGGCAUUGAGUAAUGAGAAUUUCGAAACCACAUUUGAGAAGUACGUCCAUCCAGUGCUAUUUGUGUUUACUUCUGAACAGUCAUUUUUUAACCGAGGCUGGCAUUCAUAUCUUCAUUUUGGGCUGUAUCAGUGCAAGUCUUCCUAAAACAGAGGCGAACUGGAAUGAUGUAAUGAGUGAUUUAAAGGCAAUUAAAGAUCUUGUUCAAUCUGUACACCUUGAUGCCACGUUGUAUACUGAAAGUGAUGCUCAUCCCAGUUGCAAAGUCACAGCGAUGAAGUGCUUUCUCCUGGAGUUCCACGUUAUCUGUCAGGAGACCAACGAUGAGGGCAUCAGGCAGAUGAUAAAUAACCUUAUCUUCCUAGUAAAGAACAGUUUACCUUCCGAUGGGAAUAUCACUGAAUCUGGCUGCAAAGAAUGUGAGGAACUGGAGGAAAAAAACGUGAAAGAGUUUCUGGGGAGUUUUACGCACAUCGUGCAAAUGUUCAUCAACACGCCAUCGCAAUGAUCCUCUGCAGCGCUUCUGUCGCUCACAAACGGCUUGCUGUUGCUUAGAGGCCACAGAGCACUUUGCAUUUCCAAUGUGCCGCCAAAACAAGCUUUUCCGGCAGGAAGAUCAUCAGGACUGUGGGUCAGAUGAACUCUUAGAAAUGAAGGUGAAAAAAUGGCGUUGAGGAACAUGGUGUCUAUGAACUGCCUGCAGACUUAUUUUGUUCAUUUAUGUUUAACUUAUUACUGAAUUGUACAUAUUUGUAGCGUAAUAUUAAAUGUUGAAUAAAAUUGUGUACAUGUUUUAUCCUUUGAAA